GCCUAAAAAAAAAAAAACUCCUUUUUUUAAAUUCUCUCAUACAAAAAGAAAUUUUCAUCUCACAUACAAAAUCUCGAUUCUAAACCUCCAUACCCAUUUAACUAUAAGCUUCAAAUAUUAACCUAAACAUCUUCUUCUUGUUCUUUCUUCUUCCUUUCUCUCUAUCAAAUACAUACAUCACAUUCACUCGUUAUAUUUAUUAGACCAUACAAGUUCAUACAAUAGUUGAACCCUGUAUCUUUCCCGUCUGUACCCGAUCCAUCCCUCGUUCGUUCGUCCGUUCCCCCUACAUCCCCACGAGAUCACAAAAGCUAAAACAAAAAACAAAAUUUAGCUCCAACAUUACCUUACAUUUGACGAUAAAUAUAAUAAACGAUAACAUAUCUAGAGUAGACGAUAAAUCAUCAAUAUCAUCAUCAUCAUGGCUAUUUUCAGAUCAAAAUCAAAACAACAAAAUAAUGGAUUUCGUCCUAAAACUGCUGCUAAUAUCGAUGUUAAAAUCUCCAGUAAAGAUGAAGAACAAUUUCAAUUAAAUUCAGGAUCAGUCCAUGAUCCUAUCUUAACUGCCGUCAAUGAACUUCAACCUUUUGAACAAGCCGCUGCUAAAUAUGAUAAUAGAAGACCAAGUUAUUUAAGUCAAGGAUCUCAUGAUUUAAAAGAUAUCUUUGGUAAUCCCAUUGAUAGACCUGAUAUUUCAAAUCCAACCAGAUCAAGAAAUGAAAGACCAUUAGAUACCAUUAGAGGAUUUGAAUAUGCUAUUACAGGUGAUUUAACUUAUCGUGAACAAUUAGAAACUUCAAGAUUAGGAUGGGGAUUCCAUGAAGAUUUCCCUCAUUAUAAUUUACAACAACAACAACAACAAUUAGCUGCUGGUGGUGAAUAUGAAGGGGGUAAUGCUGCUACCGCUAUUUUCAAUCAUAAUUCCGAUCAAGCUGUUUAUCAAGGUAAUAAUUAUAGUGCUAGUAGUUUAAGACCUGAAGGUAAGAAAAAGAAGAGAGGUUUAUUUGGUAAAAAGAAGUAAGACUAUUAGUGUUCUUCUACAGUUAUAGUUCAUUAUGUGAUUGGAUAUUUUUUAUAUUAGUUAAUUAGUUUAGUUUUGGUUUUGUAGUUUUAUAUAGUGUUUUGUUAAUCUUAUAUGAUAUGAAUUUAGAAAUGUGUCGUCAUAACACUGUAUGUGGAUGUUUACUUACUUGCCUUUCCCUCAUUAUGAGAUCAAACAAUGCACACACACACACACACACACACACACCAAAUUUUUUAAAACAAUUCGCGUUUUAUCAUACAACAAUUUACAACCAACCCCCAUAGAUUCAUUCAUUAUAUCAUUU